UAUUAUACAAUAAGAGGCCCAAUGAGAGACAAGUGUUACCCCUCCAACAUAACACGACCCCUCUUUUAGUUACAUUUUCUUAACUUGAUCACUUGCCUUCUCCCUGCCUUUAUCAGGCAGUAUAUCAAUAGCCUCCUCAAUGGGAUCUCUUAGUUCAACUAAAGAUGAGUUGACCGUUCUGGUCACCGGCUUCGGGCCGUUUAAGGAGCAGUACCCCGUGAAUCCUGCUUGGGAGAUAACCGCUUCGCUGCCGGAUUACCUUCCGCCAGACAGGGUUAGGGAUCCCGCCCGGCAAGCUCCGUCAGCAUUGCCCCCGGUCCGGAUCCUGAAGCACGGACCGGUCCGUGUCAACUACCAAGUCGUCCGAGAUUUAGUACCCACGCUAUGGGAUAAUCCGGAGCAGCAAGUCGACUACGUCAUCCACAUAGGGAUGGCCGGCCCGCAGCACGUAUAUUCUAUUGAGAGACGGGGCCAUCGUGGUGGAUACGACAAGCAGGAUGUUGACGGCCAGUUCCUUGGAGAUGAGCAGAGACACAAGCUCGAAGGAGACAAAUGGAUAUGGCACGACAUACCUGAAGAGCUUUUAACUGACCUGGAGAUCGGACGAAUUUACAAGAGAUGGGUCGAGCGAAGCCCGGAUAACCUUAGAUUGCAGAUCUCGGACGAUGCUGGACACUACCUCUGCGACUUCAUCUAUUUCUCAAGCUUAGCCCACCUGUACAAGCAGGGACGGCCCAGAAAAGUGAUCUUCUUCCAUGUCCCGCUACACUCCGACCCCGAGUCUGUUAGUCGUGGAAAAGAACUCGCCUUGCAACUGAUCAGAUCGGUGUGCGAGGUAGGACUACAACAAGAGCACGCGUCUUCAUAGCUGUGGCGUGUAUAAUGUUUCUUUGAUUAGCAUGUACACAUUUAGUCUUCACGGCACUUUUUAUAUGCUGAAUUCACAUAAACCCCCCCAAGUUCCGAUAUUUCAGGUACCUAUUUUGGCGUUCGACUAUAAAACCCAAAAGGAAAUUACCUAUCUUAGUUGAAUUAUAGCUUCGAGUAAAUAUGCUGCAUAUAAAUGAUUUACAUAUAUAAUUUUAUGAUUUUAUCAGCAAUAGUAUAUUCGCCGACCACUCGGG